AUGUCGCUUGCAAUGUUUUCAUUAAAGGGAAAAACCGCCAUUGUUACGGGUGGUUCCGGUGGUAUCGGAUUUGCUAUUGCAAAAGCUUUGGCUGCUGCUGGCUCCAACGUCGGUCUCUUAUACGGUAGAAACAAAAAGGCUAUCGAAUAUGCCCGUGAGCUUCGCGAAACUUACAAUGUAAAGUCUGAAGCCUACUCUUGCUCCAUUGAAAAGCGCAGUGCUGUCAUUGAAACUACCAACCGUGCAGUCGAGGAACUCGGUGGUCGUCUCGACAUCAUGGUUGCCAAUGCUGGAAUUGCCAUCCCACACCUUGCCCUGGAAGACGAAAAUGAAGAUACUUGGACAAAGGUUGUUAAUGUCAACCUCAAUGGUGCUUAUUACUCUGCCCAAGCCGCUGGCCAUUUCUUUAAGAAGCAAGGCAGUGGUAGUUUGAUCUUCACUGCUAGUAUGAGUGGUCAUGUUGCCAAUUGGCCUCAACAGUGGCCUUCCUACCACGCUACCAAGGGUGCCGUCAAGCACCUUGCUCGUGCUCUCGCUGUUGAAUGGGCUGGCUUUGCUAGAGUCAAUUCCGUCUCCCCCGGAUACAUCGAUACUGACUUGACUCUCUAUGCCGACGAAAAUCUCCGCAACCAAUGGAAAGAUUUGACUCCCCAAGGUCGCAUUGGCUUGCCCGAAGAAUUGGUUGGUGCUUAUGUCUACCUUGCCUCAGAUGCCAGUUCCUACUGUACAGGUACAGACAUUGUCGUCGAUGGUGGCUACAUCUCUCGUUAA